AGCCGCACUCAAAGCUAGAGAACCGCGCAUAGGCAGCGGGAUGGCAGGGAGAGUAAAGCACCGCGUCCUCCUCUUCCUGGGGCUCUUGCUGACAGGGACCGCUACAGUCCGGGGAAGCAGAGGCGGAGCGAUGCUUGAUGAGGAGAGGGAGAAGGAAAACGACGUGGAGAGCCCUUGUGAAGUUAAAACCGUUACCGUUUCUACCCUGCCUGUACUCCGGGAGAAUGAGUUCAGUUUCACCGGCGGUAGCUCGGGGAGCGUGGCCGGAGGAGGAGGGGAGUCCCGACUCCUUUUAUUCGUUAGAACAGACCUACCUGGACGAAUUUCCGUUAUGGAUGAUCUUGACAACACCGCUCUCCCAUACUUCACACUGGAGAUGUCAGGUUUGGGGGCAGACAUCUCUCAGGUGCAUUGGAAGCAGCAGUGGCUGGAGAACGGGACGCUGUAUUUCCACGUGUCCAUGAGCACCUCUGAGCAGAUGAUCCAGACCACCGUGCCCACGACCCGGGAGCCAGCUCACGUCCUGCACGAGCACAUGCAUCUGCUGCACAUCUCUGUUAUGGGAGGCCUGAUCGCUCUCCUCCUGCUCAUCCUCCUCUUCACCCUGGUGCUGUACACCCGUCACCGCUGGUGCAAGCGUCGGCGCGUCCCCCAGAAGAGUGCCAGCACUGAGGCCACCCAUGAGAUCCACUACAUCCCCUCUGUGCUGCUUGGGCCCCAGGGUAGGGACAGCUUCCGGGGGUCCCGCCAGCUACAGCACAGCUCUGUCAUUGGCAUGCCCAUCCGGGAGACCCCAAUCCUGGAUGACUACGACUGUGAUGAGGACGAUCAGAUGGGUCACACACACACCUCCACACCCAACCAGGUCCACAACCAGCUGAGCGAUGGGAAAGUCCAGGGCCUGGAGGAGUAUGGUCCCAGCCAAGGGACACAUACCCACAACCAGCACACUGACAGCCUGAGGAAGGGGAAAGACACCCUCCAACACAGUCUGGAUAAAAGAGCCCUUGACCCCAAGCAGGAGACGGUCGAGGCAUUGAUGCAGCGGUUUAAGGAGAGUUUCCGUCCUAACACGACCAUGGAGAUCACCCACUUUCAACACGUCACACACAGCUCCUCCACAGGACGCAAGAGAGGCCCAAGCCACACCAGAGUGGCUGGUAGUGUGUUUGGGCGCCAAGGAGACUUGGGGUCAGAAGGUGAUGAUGAGACCCAGCUGAAGUUCUACACAGAGCAGCACAGGGGCCGCCGGCGCAGCAGAGCUUGUCCACACAGCCCGAUGAACAAGGCCACUCUGACGUUGAUCACCAUCAGUAUGUGUGUCCUGGCUGUGGUUUACGGCACACAGCUCUCCUGCUCUCUCACCGUCAAGGUUACCCUCCACGUGCCCGAACACUUUGUCGCCGAUGGAAGUAGUUUUGUGGUGAGCAUGGGCAGUUUCCUGGAUGUGUCUAACUGGCUGAACCCUGCCAAGCUGAUCCUUUAUUACCAGACCAACUCCUCCACCCAGUGGGUCAGAAAUUACUGUGGCCAGAGGACCACCGAGCCCUGUGAACAGCUGUGUGACCAGGAGACGGGUGAAUGCAGCUGUCAUGAGGGCUAUUCCACUGACCCGGUGCAUAAACACCUCUGUGUUCGCAGUGACUGGGGACGCAACGAAGGUCCCUGGCCCUACACUAACCUGGAGAAGGGUUAUGACCUCGUCACAGGGGAGCAAGCGCCAGAAAAGAUAUUCAGGUCAUCCUACAGCCUAGGCCAGGGUCUGUGGCUGCCAGUCAGUAAGAGCUUUGUGGUGCCACCGGUGGAGCUGUCAAUCAACCCCAUCGCCAGUUGCAAGACUGAUGUGCUAGUGACAGAGGACCCUGGGGAUGUCAGGGAGGAGGCCAUCAUGUCCACCUACUUUGACACAGUAGAUGAUCUCCUGGCGUCUUUCGGCCCGGUCCGAGACUGUUCCAAGGACAACGGGGGCUGCCGGAAAAACUUCAAGUGUGUGUCGGACCGCAGAGUCGACUCAACAGGCUGUAUGUGUCCCGACGGGCUGCGGCCGAUGAAGGAUGGCUCGGGUUGCUAUGACUACUCAAAGGGCACGGACUGCACGGAUGGCUUCAACGGGGGCUGUGAGCAGCUGUGUCUCCAACAGCUGGUGCCAUUACCGGACAACCCCAGCUCCAGCAACGUCCUCAUGUUAUGUGGGUGUGUGCAGGAGUACAAGCUGGGGGCAGACGGUCGCUCCUGUCUCCUCCAGACAGAGAACUGUGAGGGGCCAAAGUGCCAGAGGCAGGACAUUCGCUUCAAUGACACCCUGUUUGGGGAGAUGCUGCACGGCUACAACAACAAGAGCCAGCAAGUCAACCUGGGACAGGUCUUCCAGAUGACCUUCCGGGACAACAACUUCAUCAAGGACUUCCCCCAGCUAGCAGAUGGACUGAUGGUUAUACCGUUACCUGUGGAGGAGCAGUGUAGAGGAGUGCUGUCUGAGCCACUGUCCAAUGUACAGCUCCUCACAGGUGAUGCCAAGUUCAAUGAGGCUAUGGGCUACCCCAUGGUUCAGCAGUGGAGAGUGAGGAGCAACCUGUACAAAGUCAAGCUCAGUGCCAUCACCUUGUCUACAGGCUUCUCCAAGGUUCUGAAGACACUGACUGCAGAGAGCACCAGAGAGGAGCUGCUGUCCCUCAUCCAGCAAUACGGCAACCAUUACGUGUCUGAGGCCCUUUACGGCUCCGAGCUCAGCUGCACCAUCUACUUCCCCAGCAAGAAGGCCCAGCAGCAGCUCUGGCUGCAGUACCAGAAAGAGGUGACAGACCAGGGCAGCAGGCGAGAGCUCAAGUCCAUGCCCUUCAUCAGCUACCUGUCUGGGCUGCUGAAGACCCAGCUACUGACGGAGGACCUGGUGAGCGGUGUGGAGAUCCGCUGUGGGGAGAAGGGCAGCUGCCCCUCGGCCUGCCACUUGUGCCAUCAGGCAGGCCGCGAGCAGCCCUUGCCCACCCCCGUCCUGCUGGAGGUCAGCCGCAUCGUGCCCCUUUACAGUCUGGUGCAGGACAACGUCACCAAGGAGGCGUUCAAGAGUGCCACCAUGAGCUCAUACUGGUGCGCAGGCAAGGGCGAUGUCAUCGACAACUGGUGUCGCUGUGACCUGAGUGCCUUCAGCAAAGACGGCCUUCCCAACUGCAGUCCCCUGAGGAAGCCUGUGCUCAGACUGGCCCCUCACCUGGAACCCUCCAGCACCAUGGUGGCCCUGGAGUGGCUGGAUGUGGAGCCCCUGAUUGGCUACAAGAUCUCUGAUUACAUCAUCCAGCACAAGCGGGUGGAGGACCCUUCGGAGGCAGAGAUCUACACAGGUGAGGUGUUAAGUCUGGUGGAUGACCUGUUCUCAGGUCUGGGUUCGUCCUGUGUGGUGGCGGGUCGGAGGAAUGGAGACCAUACUCACUCUGUGCUCUACUCGCUGGUCUUCAAGUGCCUGGAGCCCGACAGCCUCUACAAGUUCACUCUAUAUGCUGUGGACAGUCGAGGGAGUCGUUCAGAGUCUAGCUUUGUCUCAGUGCGGACCUCUUGUCCCAUGGUAGACGACAGCAGAGCAGAAGAGAUAGCAGACAAGGUGUAUAACCUGUACAACGGCUACACCAGCGGCAAGGAGCAGCAGACGGCCUACAACACUCUGAUGGAAAUUCCCCCUCCGCUGCUUUACAGGGUGCAGCACCACUACAACUCCCACUACGAGAAGUUUGGAGAUUUCGUCUGGCGGAGCGAAGAUGAGUUGGGACCCAGGAAAGCACACCUGAUCCUGCGCAGAGUGGAGAGGAUCAGCCGGUACUGCCGUGCCCUGCUCCACAGCGCCUACAUCCAGAGCCGGACCGACACCAUGGCCUACGUGUUCUGUCGCAGUGAGGAGGUUCGGCCCACCAGCAACGUGUGGCAUGGCUCCCUGCACGAGACCCGCACCACCUGCAUGGAGAAACUGAUCUCAGUACAACGCAGCACAUACGGCAACGCCAAACUCCGAUGAGACAGGCCGCCCGACGGCACCAUGACAGCCUCCUCCUCCUCGCUUCUGGUCUCUCCGCUGACUGGUAUUUUUUUAAACCAGGAGAGCCCUGAAACCUCAUCCCCACUGGACGUUGUUAGAACUACUGUCAAACACCCUCAACUCCUUUUUUGAAAAAAGUGCUAAAAACUGCUUGAAGAGGAAAGACGUUUUGGAUGUACAUGCCAGUGACUACUGACUACUACUAUCAAUGAGGAAGAGCAAUGUGAGCAUGUAAAUUAUCAUUCAACCCAGAGCAAAUUGGUGGGCUAAAAAAUACUGAAUGUAAUAUUGCAGUUUCUCAUGGUGCUUCGACUGGAAGCGUACCAAGGAAACAAACAAACAAAAAAACAACUCCCUGUAUGGCUCUCCUCUUGGCUGGAGAGAUGGGAAAGAGCGUUUAGAUUUGUAUUAUCAUUUUUAUUUUAUUUUAUUCAUUUGUAAUACUUAAGCAUAUCACCACUACAAUGAUGUAGUCUUUUUAAUGCAGACAACAUAGUGUUUAUAAUAAAGACUACAGAGAAAUCCUUAGUGACGGAUUGUGAUGUCAUCAGCUGUACCGUACGGCGUGUGAGUAACGCUUUGCAGUUAGAAAAGUCCUCAACCAAUGGUGUUUCAUUUUUUGUUUGUUUAUUGUUGUUUAUCUCCUCAGAUGUUGACAAAUGUGGAUAGCUCCUAAACCGCAGGGAAAAUCCAUAUUUAAAAAUAUUCCGUUAAUAUAGUCAACUGGUGAAUAUAGGUAAAGAAAAAAGAAUAGCAAACAUUUUCAUAGGAAAAUAUUCCAAAUAAUUUCAAGAGUUUACGCUAAAUGUAUGGAUUGCAGAGUGAUGGCAGGUGAAUGCUAAUGAAUAGUGAAAUGGUAUAAAGGAAUCAUGUAUAAUCGUAUGGAUGUUUUAGGAUCCCUUCCCUCAAGGAAACUUUUACUUGACUUUCCAUCUCUCAAGAGCCAAGGACAUAAAAAUUCAACUCAAAGUUUUUUUAAUUGAUUUUCAUUUCACGUUAUAUCAAUUGUGAUAGUAAAUUAUUAUAUUGUAAAUAUGAAAUUGUAAAUAACAUAUGUAUUAUUAUGUGGCUUUAAUUGUCUUUUUUCGAGAGAAUGAAAAAUAUUAAAUACUAUACCUCAAGCAUCCGCAUUCUUUUGGACAAGAAGGAGGAAGUAGAUCUGUUUAACCAAUUGAUUCACAUCUGCGGUAUAGGCUACACUACAGUCCAUGGGUUGGAGAGAAAUUGAAAGAUUAUGAUGAACUCAAAACACAUACAUUCUCAUAUUGCAUUAUUGAAAAACAACAGCUACAAAUUAAUGGGAACUUGUAUGUAAUGUCCCUCAGCAUUACCUGUGAAUACUUUCCUACAUCAUCUAGCCCUUCACUCUGCUUACGGUAGGUAAGUAACAACAUGCACUGGUGUUUUUUUUUACCAUCAAUAGUGGACCUCGUACAAAAUAUUGACAUUAAUUUCCACGGGGGAAAUAAGUCCCUGUGGCAAUGAGCAGGUAUAAGGUAUGACUCAUGCCAGUUAAUAACAUUACUGAAGGUAUCCCUCUCUCUCUCGUUCUCGGGAAACAUUCUCUUUUUCCAUCUCCUCCACACAAACUAUUCCUUCACUCAGGUCCAGUCUCUUUCCACUCAUGCAACAUUAACUGUGCUUUAAAACUCAGUAGCUUAAUGUUCAUUCUCACAAAUUAGGCCAUUCACAUCUCUGGGGUGCCAGGAACAGCGCUCAGGUUUCCAUGUCAAGGAAUCAAUGAGGGCCUUACAUUUGGAUUCGUUCUUCAUUACUACUGUUUUGAUAGUAGCUUUGACAUUUUCAUGUCCAUAAAAUCAAAGUGAGGAUAGCCAGGUAAACAUCAAGGGGUCGGACAAUACAAGGUUUCUAGUAUUAACUACAGGAAAUUGGCUAUGUAAAGUAAUGUAUACUAUUGGACAAAGUGCUCUAUUCAAUCCGCAUUGCGGAAGUUCAGCUUUACAGUGUGAUUGAAAUUUAAAGGCAAUGUUCCUGCUUUAGUGGAGACUGCAUUUAUGGUAAACGCUACAUAUGUCGGCUCAAUCAGAAAUUACCUUUACAUUUCUAUCCUGGAAUCUGUAACGCUUCAGCUUUACAGAUUGAUUAGAGUCCAAAGUUAUCAUGAGCCAUGUUAGGGAAAACGUCAGGUUAUAUGUAGAAAUUGGGCAUUCUACUCCAUUGUAUUGAAAACUCUCGUAAAGGACAAAGAUUGGACAACACUGCCUUGGCUUACGUUCACUUAACCAGUGUUUUAUUUCUACACAAUAUAUAACAGGGAAAUUAAAAUGAUACUCAUCUUGAAUGAGGAUCCAUCCUUAUGAAAAUAUAGUACACAUCAUCAGACACCUGCUUGCCAUGUAUACGAGGAAACAUCUGCUGAAACACAAGACUGAUGUGUUAUAUGUGCCUGGAAAAGUACAUACUGUGAAUAGACCUAACAGAGUGGAUGCUGCAAGCAAGGGAAGGCGAGAGAGAGAGUGAGAGGUGCUGAUGGGUACCUUUAGAGUGUUUUUAGUUCUAACUCUAAGGCAAGCGGGGAAAGAGUAAGCAAACAUCUGUGGUGUAGACGAAGGAGUAAGGAUAUGUAAGUAGUUUUUUUGGUUAGUGCCAUUCAGUCUGAGGGUGAGUUCAAGGGGAAUGGUGUUCACUGUUAGAAUCAUUCAAGUCUGAUAAUAAGAAUGUGUUGUAACAUGAUAAAUAUUAUCUUCAAAUUAAUGCUUUGAUCUUGUUUUGUUUUGUUUGUUUUCUCUCUCUAAAAAGAAGGAACAUUUUGGUCAUUUAUUUUCAACUGACUGCUCCGAGACCCACAAACUGACCACAUGAUGCUUUAUUCAUCUUGACAACAAAUAAAUUAAGUUUGACUUCAUAUCGGACUGUUUUUUAGACAAUUGACAACAGUGUUUGUGUAGAGCCUUUAUGAAUGAAUAACUGCUGAUGACAAGUGUUGUGAAGCAUUAUGGGUAUUGUAUUUUUUUCCCGGAGUGGCUGCGGAUCCGACUUUUCUGGACCUUUCUUUCCGAACGCUAAAGGUCCUGAAGCUUCUGCUCAUGUACGGGAUUCUCUAAUUUACGCAGUCUCUGCUCUACUCGUAGAGAACAGACUACUCUGGAGAAUGUUGCUUGUUUAAUAAAGUUAGAUCAAAGCUGAAUCAAUGUCUGCGAAAUCGCAUAAUGAGAGUAUUCUACAUAACAGAACCGAAUAUAAUAGGAUAGUAGGCCUAUAACGUUACUGUAAGACAAAAACACUACAUAUCUUAUGAGAUUUUAGGAUGAUUGUGCGAAUGGUAGCAUUUUUCUCUCAUGGGGCCAAAACUCUACAGCGCACGCCACUAGGCAAAAUACACAGGUAGGCUAUGCUACCGUUUGUUAACACCAUCUGCUCUAAAAUUCGCUCACUGUACAUCAUUCAAAACAACACUGCAGGCUACUUCCAAGACUGUAUAACUCAAGAUCUAAAUGCAUAUCCCCAUGAACCUGAUUGAGAUCAAAUGUUUGGUAUGCAUGGAUGUAUGGAUGUUUCACCAGUAAAACGUAUCAUUAAAGAUUGACAGUGAGAAAUUUGAAAGGCGGGAGACCACAAAAAUGUGUGCCUAAAGUAGAGGUAAAGAAACAAGUGUUUUUUUUUGUCUUACGGUGUAAUGUUAUACUAUGCUAUUAUAUUCGGUUCUGUUGAAUACUAUCAUUAUGUGAUCCUGCAGAAAUUGUUUCAGCUUUGUUUAACUUUAUUAAAUGAGAGUAGCAUGUUCUCUACGAGUAAAGCGGAAACUGUGUGUAAAGUAGAAAAUCCUGCACAUACGCAGAAGCGUCGGGACCUUUAGCACUCAGGAAGAAAGGUCCAGAAAAGUUGGAUCCACAGCCACUGCCUGUUUAUUUUCUUUCAGGUGGUACUUUGAUGGUACACAUUGCACAAUGUAUCUUCCUUAUAUUGUCUCUGAUAUAAAUCCAAGAGCUACCCCAAACAGAUAAUACAUGGUUUUGCAAAUACAAUCAUCAUAGAAUAUAAUUAUUUACAUCUUAAAAUAUUUUUGCUGAACAAUCGGGUACGAAACAUUGCAAUAAUACCACUAGAUAUCCACAUAAUAUGUAUAUACUCAAUUUGAUACUUUCUCACAUAAAAAGGACCAUUCAUUUUUUUUUUCUGAACACGGGAAUGAGAAACAAACACAAGUGGACCAUUCUUUAACCAGGAGCCUGUGAGAGGUACUUGAUGAGUGAAGUUUAGAAAACUAAAAUAAGAACAUCAUGGCACAUCAGUGUUUUCUCCACAACUGUCUGUCCACAAACUCAAGGGCUACAGCCAGCCACUUCUAGGCUACCACUGUCGCCAUUGCUUCCCAUGGGUAAUGGUGGGAUGCCACAGGGGCUGAAAGGAUACCACUUUUAGCAGAACUAGCUAAAACCACAGAAACCCAACUGUUUUUUGCCGAAACCCAGGCUACUCAUGGCUGGUAUGUAGCUAGUUUGGAUUUGAGAGAAUCACCUCCCAUCCACAAUAAGAUGGACUAUCAGAAGUUGUCUAUGGAAAGACAUGGAAGCGGACUCUCUGCCAUGCAUUUCAAAUCCUCCUCUGGUCUGAGAGUGAAGGGAAGGGCAUGUCCCUCAGCCUGCUGCAUUAGGGCUCAUAUCUUAGGUAGUCUUCAUAUCCUCCUUCCUCCCUGGUCUUCCAUGCGGCCCACCUUACCACCGCCGCGUUCCCUAUACGACCUGACCGCUAUGCCGGCCGACCGGACGCUUCUUCUUCCAGACAGUGACGGAUGGCCCGGCGUGUCAGGAGGGGAGUCCCUCAGAGAACAGCCGCCACCUCCAGGAGAAAGUCUGACUCAUCGGCCUCGGCCUGCUGCCAGUCAGCGCUGGCCCAGGGGCAGCUCUGUGUGUCCACAGUUUUCACACCUGGACAAAUACCCCGCCAGGAAAAGCAGCCCACCUUCACCCAUCCGACUCCUUCCCCUGCUCUACCCCCUCUACCAUCACACCACCUGGGGCACUACCAGCUGCCUGAUCACUCCUCCCCACUCCUCCUCAUCCUCUGCAGCUCCCAACCCCCUGCCUGCCUACCACUGGUUGUUCUGAAUGGCUGUGUAUAUUCUGUCCUCCUCACGGUAGCCCUCAGAGUUAAUUGAGUAUGGAUCUAACCACUUCAACAUGAUAUAGGUUCUCUCUUCAGAGCAAAUUCGGAUUACAUUUGAAAAGUUAAUGAAUGAACAAAAUAAAAAUGACAGUACAUUCUGGAUUUGUGAUAUAGAAA